UUAAACGAAUCCCUGUUAUAUGAGGAUUUAUUAUAUAUCAUAUAAUUCAUUUUUAUCAUUUUUUUUUAAUUUUUUGUAAAGAUAAGAAAUUCAUAAAAAAUGUUUCAAAUUUCAUAUAUUUCAUCGUAAAAAAAUGGUGUCUAUUUAAAAGUGUUGUUCUAUUGUUAGUAUUAAAGAAUGUAAACAUUCCAUUAUUAAUUUAAUAAGUAAAAAAAAAAAAAAAGAAAGUAAAAAUGUCUUCACAUACUACACCGAUUGUCGACGAAUUGGCGAAGGAUUAUGCAAAUUAUUUAAAACUAGAUUUAUCUGGUCAAUUGCAGAAAUCUAUAUAUAUUAAAAUAUAAAAUACAAUACAACAUUACAUUCCAGAUGAAGAAUUUUCAUGAAACCAUUGAAGAUGUAAUGAUGCGUUUAGAAGAAUUUCAAUCAAUUAUUGAAAUGGUUCAAUCUGAAAAUAGCCAAUGUAUCGAUCAACAUAUACCAAGAUUAAAAGACAUGCAACAAGAAGUUAUCAAUCUUACUAGGCGAAUAGAUGCAUUAGAACAUGUUAUAGCAAUGAUUAAUGUAAAUCUAACAACAUUAGAAGCUGCUGUUGAUAAUGCAGAAACUGAACUAGGAAUUUCUGAUAGAUUAUUUGGAAUGUUAAAUCGUUUAUCUUUCUUUAAAAAAACUCAGGAACCUAUAAUAUCAAAUAGAUUACCAGAAUAUGAACCUCCAACAAUUUAUAGAACUGAUGAUUAUUUUAAGAAUGAAUGAAAUAAUAUUUUAUUUUGAAGUAAAAUAAUAGAUUCAAUUAUUUUCAUAAAUUAAUUAUAUCAAAUAAUGAAAAAAAAGUUCUUAAUUCUUAAGAGGAUUAAUAUAAAAU